AUGAAAGAAAAAGCAACUGCACUUCAACUGGAAAAUCUCAGGAGGUGUGUCCAAGAUCUGCAAGACAAAAGACAGAAGGUUACUUGGUAUCUUACAGACUUGCAAGGUCAAAUUAGCUGGAUAGAAAAAGUUGAUGAUAUUGAUAGAAAGGUGAUUGGACUCUCAAGCAACUAUGAAGGCAAAGGUGCUUGCACAAUUUGGUGGUGUCAAUACCGUCUUAACAAAGAAAUGCGAAAGAUUGAACAAAAAAUCUCACAAUUAUACGAAGAAGGUGCAAAAUAUUACAACCCAAAAUGCAGAACAGAAUUCUUAGAUGAAAUUAUGGCAGCCCUGAAGGACCCUCAUAUUCAAACAGUUGGAGUAUGGGGGUUGGGUGGUGGAGGCACAACCUCAUUAGUCAAACAAGUUGGAGAGCAAGUGAAAGAGCGAGGCUUGUUUGAUGCAGUGGUCAUCACUACCAUAGUUGAGGAGCCAAAUGUGGAACAAAUUCAAAAAGAUAUUGCAAGUGUCUUGGGUCUGGAGUUUCAUGAGGAACCUCGUGUGGAAAGAAGAAACAAAUUGCGGCAAAGAAUGAAGAAAGAGAGAAAGAUUCUUAUUCUUGUCUUAGUUGAUGAUAUUUGGGGAGAAUUAAAUGCUCAAAAAAUUGAUUUGGAGGAACUUGGAGUCCCUUUAGGAGAUGAAUGCAAAUUAUUGAUAACAUCAGGAAAUCUGGAUUUUGUAAAAAAUAUGAGGGAAAUAAAUUCCAAGGUGUUUCAACUUGAAGUGUUGUUAGAAGAUGAGGCUCUGAGCUUGUUUGAUAAGAUCGUUGGAAAAUUUACUGACAUAUCGACAAGAUCCUUAGUAAUUGAAAUAAUAAGAAGAUGUGCAGGGUCAACUCUUUCAACGUUUGUUAUGGCAAAUGCAUUAAGAGGUGCGGGUCUACCUUCUUGGCACGAGGCCUUAAAGCAGCUGAAGCAAAAUGUUUCACCCAUAAAAAUAUUCCUAGAUAAUUUAAAAAGUGAAGAACUCAAAUAUUUGUUCUUGCUUCUUACUAUUCGAGGAAGAAGGGCUAUUCAUAAAACUAGUUUAUUGUUUGACACAUGGACAAGCUUACUCCAGAAUCUUGGAACAUUAGAGACAGCAAGAAAUAGGCUUGAUUCAUUGAUUACUGAUAUUAAGGCAUAUGGCCUUGUGGUUGAAGAUGGAAAUGAACAUGUUAAAAUAGUUGACUCAAUAUGGGAAACUGCUUAUUCAAUAGCUCAAAAUGAGCUAAAAGCUGAAAUAUUUUCCAGAUUUGAUUUAAUAGGUUCGAUUACUACUGGGCGCCUACUACCAGAAGAGCGGUUUAGAAUUUUACACUUUUGUAGCAUGACUGUGUUCAGUAGUUUCCAGAUUCCGGAAAGAUUGUCCUGUCCAGAGUUGGAGGAGAUUGUGCUACGUACAGAACAUCCCAUAAUGGUUCCAGAUUCCUUUUUUGAGGAUACUAAGCUUCUAAAAGUCUUAGAUUUUGUUGGAUUUGAUUGUUCAGAGCUACCAAUUAGUAUUGGUUUGUUAAAGAACAUUCAAGUAUUAUCCAUGUCUAAUUGUAAAUUGGGAGAUAUAACUAUAUUGGGGGAGCUUGCAAACUUGCAAAUGCUUAGCCUUCAAGGAAGUCAUAUCCAACAAUUGCCUAGACAAAUUGGACAGCUCCACAAGUUGCGGUUCUUAGAUUUGAGAGAUACAUAUCUCCAAGUCAUUCCACCAAAAGUUCUAGCAAACUUGACAAGUUUAGAAGAACUAUAUUUGAGAAACUCCUUUUCUAAUUGGGAGGUUGAAAGGUCCAACAAUGAAAAAUGUUGUGCAAGCUUGAAAGAGCUUACAAACUUGCAUCACUUGACGCAUAUAGAAGAUUUAUAUGUUCCUAAUUACGAGGCAUGGCCAGUGGACCUUUAUUUUGAAAAAUUAAAAUCAUACACAAUCUUCAUUGGGGAUGAAUGGGGUCAUACCCAUGAUGGUGAUCAUGGGUUAAAGACCCUGAAACUCAAGUUGAACAGAAUGUUCCAAUCUGAGGAAGGGAUCAAGAAGAUGUUGAAAGUUGUAGAUGUUUUGUACUUGGAUGAAUUAAAUGGUGUUCAAAAUGUUCUCAUUGAUUUGGACUGUUAUGGUUAUGGGUUUCCCUAUCUACAGUCUCUAGUUGUACAACACAAUGCUGAAAUCAAAUGCAUAGCCAAGAGCUCGAGUCACUCUCUUGAUGAUGUCAUGUUUUCCCCAACUUGA